AUGGUGCUCAUCAAGGAAUACCGUGUGGUGUUGCCCAUUUCUGUUGAAGAGUAUCAAGUGGGCCAACUGUACUCUGUAGCCGAGGCCAGCAAGAAUGAGACGGGCGGCGGCGAAGGCAUCGAGGUGCUCAAGAACGAGCCCUACGAGGACGACGGCGAAAAGGGACAGUUCACGCACAAAAUCUACCACCUCAAGAGUAAAGUGCCCGGAUACGUGAGGAUGCUCGCGCCAGAAUCUGCAUUUGUUUUUCACGAAAAGGCCUGGAAUGCUUACCCCUACUGUCGCACCGUCGUGACGAACGAAUACAUGAAAGACGACUUUGAGAUCAAGAUCGAGACGUGGCAUAAGCCUGACAUGGGGACAGUAGAAAACGUUCACGACCUGGAUGAGCAGACGUGGAGAAGCGUGGAGGUUGUUCCCAUAGACAUUGCCAACAAAGAUGAAGUGGCGCCAGGGGACUACAAAGCAGAAGAGGAUCCAUCCCUCUUCCACUCGGCCAAAACAGGAAGAGGCCCUCUCGGCCCUGAGUGGAAGAACGAGCUGAAGACAGAUUGUCCGUACAUGUGCGCAUACAAGCUGGUCUCGGUCAAGUUUCGGUGGUGGGGUUUUCAAACCAGAGUGGAGAACUUCAUCCACCGGCAAGAAAAGCGCAUCUUCACCAACUUCCACCGUCAGCUCUUUUGCUGGGUGGACAAGUGGGUGGGUCUUACCAUGGAAGACAUUAGGCGCAUGGAGGAGGAGACCCAAAGGGAACUGGAGGAGCUGCGUAAGACCGGUCCGAUUCGAGGCACCAGUGCUGCUCACGAGCAAUGA